ACUGUUUAUUUCAUUUAAGACGUUGUAUGCGACAUCGAUGUGCUAUAUGCUGUUUGCUGAUAAGCCAUUUGGUCCUGUUUUCCCAGUCUUCUUGUCACAGAUACAGUAAAGCAACCCUGAGUGACCAUCCACCUGAUCUCCAUGUGAAUUUAUUCCAUCUACACACACACACAGUCACAUUGGUGCCGUGACUCGUUGUUUCUUCAAUCAAGAUGAUAUCUGAAGCGGCCGAGGGUUCAUCUUAAAGUUUCCGUUGGAGUCAGGUGGACACAACCUUGUACAGACACUGAUAAUUUUUUUUUAAAGAAGACAAGAGGAACUUUAUUCAUUUUUUUUAUUCACUGAGAGACUUUGAUGAAUUUGAGAUUCAGAGACAUUUAUGAAGGACAUUUUUUCAACAGCACUUUCUAGAAUUAUUUUUUUUCCCUUCUAUCUAUUUUAUUCAUUGUUUAUGUGUACUGAUAUUCACUAUGAGUGGUUUUGAUGACUAUAACACUCCAAUCUGUGGAAGUAAAGGUAGAGGAUGGGGUUUAUUGAAAGUACCACAGUCAUUACAGUUCAGUGUGCCCGAUAUCCAGAGUAAAGCGCAUGUGCUCAUAGACAGUCAUGCUUCUAAUUCAGAUCCAUUAGUUUGUGAGGGCCCAUCCACAAGUCAUGAAUCAGAUGCUUCAGUAGUACAUCAAGGUGUGUUUUCUUCCACCCCAUUCCCUAACGCACAGUCCACAGAUGUAAUCACUGCUAUGACAGACGUAAUCAGCAAAGUCGGUCAGCAAAUUGCUGAUAGCAUAGUCACCAGACUCAGCCCAACACAUACAGUUGACACAAGUUCAGUAUGCAGUCCCUCCAAAAAUGUGACGACAAAUGGUACAGCUUCACAAAUGCUGGACUUACUACAAAGCCAGUUGUCCAUUUCCAGAAAUGUGAAAGAACCACCUAGCUUCAGAGGUGAAGUUUCUGACACUGUUGACUUAAGUGAAUGGAUUGAUGUCAUGAGAGAUUACAUAAAACGUAAUGAUUUGAAAAAAGAACAACAAGCGGAGGAAAUUUUGAUUCAUCUGAGAGGCAAAGCAAGAGAUGUGGUCAAGUUUGGCAUAAGAAACAGUGACAUUGACAUUGUGCUUAACCCUGAUGCUAUCUUCAGUAUUCUCAGGAAACACUUUGAGGCAGCUCCCUGCUCUCCUCUCCCGCUGGCUGACUUCUAUACCACCCUACCCAGACCAGAUGAGGACGCUUAUGAGUACUGGCUCAGGUUAAACCGUGCAGUUGACAUCGCCGCAGAACGUUUGAAAGAACAGGGUAAAGUUUUGGACUGUCCAGGUACAGAGGUAACCCGCAUGUUCAUCAGACACUGCCCAUGUAAAGAGCUUGCCAUCACUUUUCGAUCUAAAACAAUGGAUGCAUGGUCUGUGCGAGAAGUUCAAGAUAUUUUGAAUGAAUAUCACUCCGAAACCAGUCUUGUAUCUGCAGUGAGUCAUGCUGCACCCACAAAAAUUCCUGUGAACAGAGCUGAAGUGGAACUGUCGACAGCAGCACUUGCGUCUACUUCUGAUGUCCAGCAGUCUAAAUCUUUGGAAGCUUCUGCAUUAGAGUCAUGA